AUGGAUGGCGAGUCUGCCAAUGACCAGGCCCCUGUGGGAGAGGAUGAGAGGGGUCCGCCGAAGGGGCACCCCUACUCCGUGGAGACCCCCUACGGCUUCCACUUAGACCUCGACUUCCUCAAGUACGUGGACGACAUCGAGAAGGGCCACACCCUCCGCCGGGUCCCCAUCCACCGCAGGCACAAGCAGGCCACCAAGUUCAGCACUUUGCCCCGCAACUUCAGCCUGCCGGACACCGGGACCCGGCCUGCUGCCGCCCCAGGCCCCCUCCACUGGUCUCCGGCGCGGCUGCAGAAAGGGCCGCUCAGGACGGAAGAGGGGACCCCCUCCCUGGGGAACGCCCCCCAGGCCGCCGCGGCGGGCAGGAACGAGGUCAGCUACCACCGCCAGGCCCUGCUGGCCGAGACCGCCCGGCAGCUGGACGCAGCGGGCCUGGGGGGUUCGGAGCCCGGCUGUGCCAGUGGUCGCCCCCAGCUGCUGCGGGCUUGCAGCAUGCCCGCCACCCUGCCACCCCCCGGGGCCGCGGAGGAGCAGGGUCCCCACCCCGAUGCCGCCCCCAGUGGAGGGGGCGUCUGGGAGGGCAACUUCGGCCCCGUGGAGGGAGUCGCGGAUUUCCGGGGCUCCAACCCAUCCUCAGCCACGCAACCCAGAGCCGGAGAGUUUGCAGACUCCGAGUCGGGGGUCCCAGAGCGGGGCCGGGCAGAGGCCCCCCACCCGCCCUCUUUCCCAGCGCCUCUGUCCUUGUCCCAGAAGACGCUUGGUGUUCUCGAAGAGGCCGAGGACGGAGCCCACGGUGGGGGGACGGAGGCGGUGGGCGGCCCCGACGCCCCCAGCCCCAGCCCCCCACCUCUGCCGUCUCCCAUCCCCGAGGACCAGCGGCCCCCGGAAGACAUCGAGCUGAGCAUCCGCGAGCUGCCGCCGCCGCCGCCCCCCAUCGAGGUCCACGUGCGGAGCGUGGGCAUCCGCGUGACCGAGGAGAGCCUGGGGCUGGCCAGGAGCGAGCCCCACGGGCUGGCCAGCCUCAAGCGGCAGCUCUGCAGCCUGGAGGCCGAGCUGGCCGAGAGGAGCGGGGAGCUGGCCCGGGCCAGGGAGGCGCUGCGGCAGCGGGAGGAGGAGAGCCGGGGCCAGGGGCAGCGCAUCGAGGAGCUGCAGGCCACCGUGGCUCGGCUGGUCGCAGAGCUCGGCCGCAGGGCCACUAUGGACCAGGCCGAUGCCAUGGUCAACACUGACCCUCUCCCGGGAGCCUCGCCCAAGGAGUCGUGUGACAAGAGCGUGGGGGUGGCCCUUGGGGGCAGCGUGGCCUCUGAGAGCGGGGCAGCACGGGUGGAGGACGAUGGCCUCCCCGGGGGAAGGGACCGUCCCCGGAGAGGGGAUCGGAGCCCAGCAGAGCUGGGGGCACCUCGUCUGCUGUCCCCGGCCAGGGGCGCCGAGCCGGUCCUCACCCCCUCUAGGCAGAGCUGCCUCUCUACGGAGCUCAGGAUUGAAGAGGGGGAGUUGGAGCAGGAGGGAGAGCUUCCCACGCUGGACGUUCCAGGAGGUGCUUCGUGGAGCGGUGGCCGAAAGGACCCUGCCGCUGCCGCAGAGGAGGGACAGGGGGCCAGCUCCGAGCAGGCGCACCCCGGAAGGCCCCCCAGCUCGCCCACGGACGCCACGCUGGGGCAGUACGUGAGGAAGAUCCAGGAGCUGGUGCAGGAGCAGUGGAGCUGCCUGGAGCACGGCUACCCCGAGCUGGCCAGUGCCCUGCGCCAGCCGGCGUCCAAGCUGAGCAGCAUCCAGAGCCAACUGCUGAGCUCCCUCAACCUACUGCUGUCCGCCUACUCCGCGCAGGCCCCCGCGCCUGCGCCCGCCACCUCGCCACCCGUGGAGCUCUCUCCAACGACCAGCCUUAAAUCCAUAAUGAAAAAGAAAGACUAUGGCUUCCGUGCAGGAGGUAAUGGGACCAAAAAGAACCUUCAGUUUGUUGGGGUUAACGGUGGCUACGAGACCACCUCGAGUGAGGAGACCAGCGGCGAGGACAGCUCCCCAGAGGACAAGUCCGACAGCGAGGCGGAGAAGGGUGACGGCGUCCAAAGCCGGCGGGGCACAGAGCCCAGUGACCAGGUGGGGCCGCCACUCCCAGAGGGACCCCCCAGCUCUGGCCAGGAAAGCAGGUCUGGAGGUGAAGCACCCACCCCCAAGGCUGAGAGGUAUAAACCCUCUGAAGAAUUUCUUAACGCGUGCCAGGUGCUGAGCCAACAUCUGCCGGAUGCAGGCCCCAUCACAGACCCUCUCUUGAGGCAAAACCUGCGCAUCGUCAGCCAGGAGUGGUUCCGCAUCUCCAGCCGGAAGUCGUCCAGCCCCGCGGCGGUGGCCGCCUACCUCGGGGGGCUGCAGCCCCACCCGGCCCCCUUCCUGAGGCUGCUGGUGAACCUGGCGGACGGCAACGGCAACACGGCGCUGCACUACAGCGUGUCCCACUCCAACUUCGCCAUCGUGCGGCUGCUGCUGGAGACAGGCGUCUGCAACGUGGACCUACAGAACAGAGCUGGCUACACGGCCGUGAUGAUCACGCCCCUGGCGUCUGCAGAGACCGACGAAGACAUGGCUGUCGUGUGGAAGCUCCUUCGAGAAGGAAAUGUGAACAUCCAAGCUACUCAGGGGGGCCGCACGGCGCUGAUGCUGGGUGUGAGCCACGACCGCGAGGACAUGGUGCAGGCGCUGCUGAGCUGCCACGCAGAGGUCAACCUGCAGGACCACGACGGAGCAUCCGCCCUCAUGCUGGCCUGUCACCACGGCAACACGGACAUGGUGCGGCUGCUCCUGGCGCACCCGGCCUGCGACAGUAGCCUGACCGACAAGGCUGGCCAGACAGCUUUGUCCAUUGCUCUGAAGUCACCCGCCCAUGUGGAAAUUGCCGGGCUGCUGCAAGCCCACGCGGAGCAAGGCCGCUCCCCAGAGCCCUAGGGGCUGUGCUGGAACUGGACGCGGGGAGACAAGGGACUCCUUCUCUGCACUCCUCGCCCGCCCGCCCACGGAGAGGGCACAGGUCACGGCCAGCGAGGAGGAACUAUGUCAGCUAUGCACAUCCAUCCCUGAUGGAUCGUUCUGAUCAUGCGAGAGCUUUGUAGUUUGCCCCCUUAGGUCCAGCCCCCAGACGACUCAGGGUAAGAGCAGGGUGCAAGGUACAGGGUGCUGGGGUGUUUGCCACAAACCCUAAACAUCCUCAGCCUUGAAUUCCCGGGACUCGACCCAUGGGAUCGCCAGCAGGCGGGCAGGCGGGCACACAUAAGCCAAGCAAGGAAGUUGCCACUGCACCGUCUGGUCAUUUCGGAAACCCGGAUAUAGGACCGUGUCCCUGUG